AUGCCGGAGUUGUCUUCCAAAAGUGCUGCGGCACCUAAAAAGAACUUGAAGAAAUCUGUGGUUAAGACUGAGAAGAAAGAAGAGAGAAGGCGCAGAAGAAUCCGCAAAGAAAGCUAUUCAGUCUACAUCUACAAGGUGCUGAAGCAAGUGCACCCUGAUACUGGUAUCUCUUCAAAAGCUAUGAGCAUUAUGAACAGUUUUGUCACUGAUAUCUUUGAGCGGAUUGCAGGGGAGGCCUCCCAUCUGGCUCAUUAUAAUAAGCGGUCUACUAUUACCUCCAGGGAGAUUCAGACUGCUGUGCGCCUGCUAUUGCCGGGAGAGCUGGCUAAACAUGCAGUGUCUGAGGGCACUAAGGCUGUCACCAAGUACACCAGCUCCAAGUAA